AAACACAAUCACAGACAGAUACACGUAGACCCAUACUUCUGUGGUGUCCCAGACACAACCACAGACGAAUAGUUGAAGACUCCUGUUUCCGUAUUGUCGCAGAUACUAUCAGACAGGUAGAUUCAUACUUGUGUGUGCAUGAGAGACUGUACUAAACAGCACGAUAUCACAACUUGUACGUGUAUAUUCCUAUCUUAUCAAUGACCUCGAGCCGAGUCUUGUUGUGAUAGUCUUUCGUAAUCCAGUGGCACUUGGAAUCCCGAAUCCCUAAUUCGUACAAUGUGGACGAAGGCGGUUCCAGCUAUCUCCUUGAUUGGCAUCGUUCUGUCACUUCCAGGUCCGACCAAGAGAUACGAUGGGCACAGUGUCCUUCAGAUUUUGCCCAAGACAAUUGAAAACGUCCACCAGUUGAUUGCUCUGUCACAAAAGUACCACCUUGACAUCUGGAAGUCCCCCAGGUUUCUGAACGAUACAUUUGAUGUUCGCGUGGAUCCUGAACAAGUCAUUAGCUUUGUUCACGACAUUGAGUCUCUUGGACUCAAACCCACUCACUGGAUCAAAGAUGUCCAAAAACUGAUAGAUGAGGCAUUGCCCGGGCGCAGUCGCAGAGCAACGUCAUUCAAUAUUGGUGCUUUCAACGGUCAUAAUUCGAUAAAUACUUAUCUAGAUUCCCUGUCUACCAAUUCUCGUGUAUCAGUUCAUACCAUGGGCCAUUCAUAUGAAGGGAGAACAAUUAAAUACGUAAAGAUAAGCAAUAAUGUCGGGUCCGGUAAGAAGGCUAUUUACGCGGAUGGAGGGAUACACGCGAGAGAAUGGCUUGCCGUUUCCACAGUGCUGUACAUGAUUGACCAGAUGGCGAACAAUCCGAGUAAUGACAGAACGAUUGAGGCUUUGCUUGGGAAGUUCGAUUUCUACUUCGCCCCUGUGGUGAACCCCGACGGCUACGAAUACAGUCGAUCACACGACAGAAUGUGGAGGAAAAACAGACGACCUGUGCAGCAUGGAUGUACUGGUGUUGAUCUCAACAGAAACUUUGCAUACCAUUGGAACCCUGACAAUGGUGGAAGCCACAAUCCUUGUGAGGAAGUCCAUUCCGGCACACACGCCGCCUCAGAGGUAGAAACCAAAGUUUUACAGAACUUCCUGUGUGGAAACAGCAACUUCAUAGCUUACCUUAACAUCCAUACAUACGGACAAUACUGGAUUUACCCGUGGGGCUACACACCCGUCCUACCGGCGGAUUACAGGGACCUGGAUCACCUUGGUCGAGCUGCAGCGACUGCCAUUCGUCACACCCACGGGACCACUUUCACCGUGGGCGAGGAUACCCGAGUUUUAUAUGCUGCGGCCGGAGGUGCAGAUGACUAUGCUAAGGGAGCAUGUGGCGUCAAAUAUUCCUACACGGUGGAGCUCCGGGACACCGGGCGAUACGGUUUUGUGCCCCCAUCGUCCUACAUUGCCCCUGCAGGGGAGGAAACUUUCGCUGGAUUCAAAGCUUUCGCUACAGAACUUGUCCAUUACGAGCAUUUAUAAAUAGAUUGAAUAAACAAAUAUUUUCAUGUAA